AUGUAGGAUGAGAUCUCUAGGGCCAAUUCUAAUGUGAACCUAUGGAGGAAGAGGCCUAGAAAUGUCCCUCUCAAUGCAGCACCUAGCUUCUUUAGUGAAAAUCAUAUGGGCUGUUCUAGAGUCCAUGAUACAUGGUUUCCCCAAGGUGCUAGCUACGGUAAAUAGUGCCUUGGAAUUAAUAAGAUGGGUAGGCAUGGUUGAGACUCCUAAGCACACUCUAACAAGAGAAGGUGUUAUAGUACUCUAUCAGUCAUCUGUUACUGUGACAGUGCUGCAGCAUCUUCUCUACAACAUAGUUAGAUUGUUUUGUUUGCACAGCUUGUGUUUGGUGUUAUCCGUUGCGCCCCUACGACGUAAAAAACAGCAUGUCAUCCUCGUUGAAAAAAAGAAGCAGUGUGUUAAAGACAGUGCUGGAACAUGUUGUGCUUUUCCAACUUUCCAUAGUGUUGACGGUGACUCUGAUAGUGACGUAGAUCCAAGGGAGAUGCUUAUAAUUGUUGAAGAAACAUUUCAAGAGUCUCUACGUGUCAACAAGAAAAAAUGUUUGGAAAAUGAUAGCCUCAAACGUGAACUUGCUGAAUCAAAACGCGAUGUGGAACAACUCAUCAAAGAGUUACAGAGAUACAAAGGUAAAGUUACAACAGAGGAUGACACAGAGGAUGAUACAUAAGAUGACAUAGAGUUUGACAUAGCAGAAGAGCUAGCUAUUCUCCAAAGGAAAUGGGUUGCUAUUUCAAUGGAUACUCAAUUACUGGGUGUUUUGCAUCACUAGGCUCUCUGAUUCCC